AGAAUUCUCUAAAUGUAUAGACAUGCUCUAUUCUCGUGAUUCGAAUUCAAGCAAAGCUGUUUAAAAACGAAAGGGUGUCCUCGAUAGAUUACAGGGGUGGGGCAUCUCAUCUUAUCCGCUACUACGUUCUUUUGUUGGUGAGCUCUCAAAGUCACCGAGCGUGUCGUUCUGGAACUUUGAUCCCAAAUUCCGCCAUGAGCUCUCAGGUGCGCGUUCUCAACAUCAGCCAUGUCCGUCCCGUCCAAACGGCCGGCCUGUCGCCGCCGAGCCAAGGCGAGCACAAGCUGUCCUUCCUGGACCUGCUGCAGAUCUCCAAGACAAUCCAGCGCCUGUUCUUCUUCGACGGCCCCGACCUUCCGCCGUUCCCGUCGGUCGUGAGCGCGCUGCGGUCCUCCCUCGCCGCCACGCUCGCGGUCUUCCUCCCCCUAGCCGGCGAGCUGGCGUUCCGCCCCGACUCCGGCGACGUCGUCAUCGACUUCUCCCCUGUCGCCAUCUCCUCCUCCACGGGCGUCAAGUUCGUCGAGGCCGAGUUCGCCGGCGGCGCCGACGGCAUGCGCCGUCUGGCCAGGGACGACGCGCACGACGCGGAGGCGUUCGCGCGGCUCGUUCCGGAGCUCGAGGCCGGGAGCCUGCCCGCCCCGGUUCUCGCCGUGCAGGUCACGAGGCCCGCGGACGGGGGCGCCGCCGUGGCAGUUGGGGUGUCGAUCCGGCACGCAGUGGCGGACGGCCACGCGGUGUGGCAGUUCCUGAGGGCGUGGUCGGCGGCGUCGCGGGAGGGCCACGGCUCCCUCGCCGCGCCUGGCUUCGUGCAGCCGACGUUUGACCGGGCGGGCAUCUGGCACCCCAAGUCCGCCGAGAUUGCCCGCUCCGUACUGAGCAAGGUCGCGCCGGCGCUGCCCCUGCUCAGGUCAACGUCAUCCAAACCGGAGAUCAUGAAGCAGAGCAGAAGAACCUUCCUGCUCCGCGCCGACGAGAUCCGGUCCCUGAAGCAGCACAUCCUCGAACAGAGCAGAGCAAUCAACCGCGGCGAGCCGUGGAAGCCGCCGAGCACCUACGUCGCCGUGUCGUCCCUGGCUUGGGCAUCCAUCGCCCGGGCGAACCUCACCAUGCUCGACGCCGACGACGCCCACCUCAUGGUCAGCGCGGACUGCCGCAACCGCCUGCGCCCGCCGCUCGGCGACGGCUUCUUCGGGAACUCAGUCAAGCCCUGCGUUGCUUGGGCCAGCGCGGGCGACCUGCGCGGCGAGGCCGGCGUGGCGCGCGCCGCCGCGGCCAUCCGGGACGCGAUCCGCGUGUACCUUGAGGAGCUCGAGGGCGGCCCGCUGGCGGACGCCGAGGGCUGGGUGGCGGCGUACGGCGCCGUCCCGAAGGAGAGGCUCGUGACGGUGGGUUCGUCGAACCGGUUCGCGGCGUACGAGACGGACUUCGGGUGGGGCGGGCCGAGCCGCGUCGAGCUGGUGUCCCUGUUCGCGACGCAGAUGGUGACGCUGCUCGGCGCGAGGGACGGCGGCGUGCAGGUGUCGGUGGCGCUCGACGCGGCGGCGAUGGAUGCCUUCGCGGUCAACUUCGUCGUCCCGGCUCCCGUUUCUGCGGCUGAUACGGUGAUAUUGAGAAUGGCCAAGGACAUAAGGUGAUUGGGACUUGGGAGGAUUGGGAGUAAAUCCCAAACCAUCUUCAUGAAAAGGGAGGAGUAUCAUGGACUACAUUUAUUUUAUAAGUUUCGUGUUUGUUGAUCGCAUGAUUUUAGAUAAGCUCGAGGUGGUUGAUCACCAACAAUUUAGCCGGUGGUCACCACCUUCCUACUCA